AUGUUGAGAAGUUUGCUGAAAGUACAAGUAAGAGGGUUCUCGUGUGGCCGUGUUGUAUCAGCUGCCAAGAAUACCAAUAUUACUCCCGCAAUAAAUGAAGGCCAUACAGACUUAGCAAAGGAGUUGGUUAGUGGGGCUCCCAAAGAACUUAUUACCGAGAGAGUGGCCAGGAUUUACCAAGAAGCCAAAGCUGCCACCCAGAGUGGUCAGCACAAUACUGAAACGUGGAAAAUAGACUGGGAUAUCCUGAAUAAAGGAAACAGAUGGGAAAAUGACUUAAUGGGUUACCAGUCCUCCUCUGACUACAUGCAAGGAACUAUCUUGAAGUUUGAUACUAGAGAAGGAGCUAUCCGUUUCGCUAAAGGACAAGGCUGGGACUACUAUAUUCAAGAACCCAAAGUUAGACGGUUUGUAAAGAAGGAUUACUCUGCCAACUUUUACCACUCUAAAGGGCCAUUGAAGCAUAUCCGAACUAAGUAG